CGGCAGGCACGGAAGCUUCAAGCUUCACUUCUACGUCACAAGCAGUGCUAUCUGCUGCAAUACUGUACACACCAAGUCCAGCUCCCACGUCCCCCGUAGAACAAACGCACAUAUACCGUAGGUAAAGGACACUCUCAUAUCCCCCUUCUUACUCUUCCAACAUGCCCAACAAGAUCAUCCUCGCCAUCAACGCCGGCUCCUCCUCCGUCAAAGUCUCCGUCUUCACCUACACCACCCCGACCGCCGACCCGCAGGAACUCGCCGUGAUCCAAGUCGCCGGCCUCACCGCCCCGCCCGCAACCCUCAAAUACGACCGCGGCGACCAACACAUUAAGAACAAGGAGCUGUCCGACAUCAACGGCUCGGAAAGCGCAUACGAAUACAUCCUCAACCACCUCACCUCAGACGACGGCCUACCGGAACUGAAGCAUGCAGACGACAUCGAGUUCGCCUGCCACCGCGUCGUCCACGGCGGGGACUACGACAAACCCACCCGGAUCGACAGAGAUACCCUCCACCAUCUGGAAGAACUCUCCGACCUCGCACCGCUGCACAACGCCGGCGCGCUGGACAUCGUGAAAGCGGUACACGCCAAAUGCCCCAAAGCGACCAACGUGGCCUUCUUCGACAAUGCCUUCCACCAAACCCUCCCUCUCGCCGCAAGGACGUACGCGAUAGAUCAGAAGGUAGCAAAGCGGAAUAAACUGCGGAAAUACGGGUUCCACGGACUGUCAUACGCCUUCAUCACCCGCGCCGUGGCCUCACACUUGCAGAAACCGGUGGAGAAACUCAACAUCAUCGCCCUGCACCUCGGCUCGGGAGCGAGCGCCUGCUGCAUCCAAGCCGGGAAAAGUAUCGACACAACCAUGGGUCUCACACCCCUCGCCGGCCUGCCCGGAGCGACACGCAGUGGAGACGUGGAUCCGAGUCUCAUCUUCCACUUCACGCAUGACGCCGGGAAACCGAGUCGGAGUAGUACGACGGAUAUGCAUAUCACGCAGGCGGAGGAUAUUUUGAACAAGAAGUCCGGGUGGAAGGCGUUGACGGGGACGACGGACUUUGGCGUGAUUAGCUCGAAAGCAGGGGAGGGGAAUGAAGAGUGCCAACUCGCUUUCGAUAUCUUCGUCGACCGCAUCUCGGACUUCGUGGGGGCGUACUACGUCAAGCUGAAAGGUGAGGUUGACGCAUUGGUGUUCGCGGGCGGGAUUGGGGAGAAAGGGGCUGCGUUGCGGAAGGCGGUGGUGGAGAAGGCGGGGUGUUUGGGGUUUGGGUUGGAUGAGGAGGUGAAUGAGAAGCCCGGGGAGCAGUUGGUGGUGGAUGUGGGCAGGCAGGGGUUCAAGCAUGGGGUGUUGGUGUGCCAGACGGAUGAGCAGAGUGAGAUGGCGAGGGAGUGUGCGCAGGAGGCUGACGGGUUGAGGCGGAAGGAGUGAAAUGCACGGACGAAGUGGCGGGGUGGAGUUCGGAGGAGUGCU